UGCAGUGAAACCGUGGCCUCGCGGCAACAGUGCAGAGAGAAAAUAAUUGGGCAACUUGAUUCUUCUCGACUCUUUACUGUAAUCAGCCAGUGUUCUUCCAUGACGCCCAGGCAACCCGCCAGGAACAAGGAUGGCCCAACCUUGCCCACGGGGCGCGACGUCACCAUGUUAAAGACAUUCUUGGUCUAUAAAGGAGACAUUCUAGUUUAUCUCCAAACAUUAUUUAAACAAUUUUAGCUGGAAGAACAGAGCUUUUUGAGACCAAUCAAUUAAACCAUAAAUGAACAAUGGCGCCGACGAAUGAAAGACAAAUGAACGAUACCUCUAGUAAGGCCUCAGCGAGCCCCGCGGAGCCCAAGGGGAAGCGGCCCCCAGUGCUUGUGGACGGGGUGACUCUGAAUGGCCCCACGCUGGACAUCCGGGAAGCAGAGAGCUUCCUCAGAGACGCCAUGCCCAUCAUCAUGGAGGAGGCCGUCUGGAAGGCUACUGACGUCAAGGAGAAGGUGUGCGAGUGGCGCUCUCCGGAGCAGCUGAAGGACCUAUUAGACCUAGAGCUGAGGGAAGGAGGCGAGGCACAUCCCCAGAUACUGCAGCGCUGUCGGGAUGCCAUCCGGUACAGUGUCAAGACCGGACAUCCUCUCUUCUUCAACCAGCUCUAUGCAGGCAUGGACCCUUAUUCACUAGUGGGCCGAUUCAUCACAGAAGCCAUCAACCCCAGUCUGUACACGUACGAGGUGGCUCCAGUGUUCCUGCUGACAGAGGAGGCGGUUCUGCAGAAGAUGAUUGAGAUCAUUGGAUGGCAGGAGGGAGGAGACGGCAUCUUCAGCCCAGGUGGCUCUGUGUCCAACAUGUAUGCUGUGAACGUGGCCAGGUACCACCACUGUCCUGAUGUGAAGGUGCUGGGCCUGUCUGCCUUGCCUAGACUGGUCAUGUUUACAUCUCAGGAGUGUCAUUACUCGGUUGCCAAAGCAGCGGCUUUCCUGGGAAUUGGCACCAACAAUGUUUAUGUGAUCCCGUCAGAUAAGAGAGGGAAGAUGAUUCCUGCGGAGUUUGAGAAGCAAGUACAGAGAGCCAAAGAUGAGGGAGCGUUGCCCUUCAUGGUGAACGCCACAGCAGGGACCACCGUACUAGGGGCCUUCGAUCCGCUGGAGGAGAUAGCUGACAUCUGUGAACGACACAAUCUAUGGAUGCAUGUAGAUGCAUGUUGGGGAGGAGGAGCCCUGAUGUCUAAGAAACACAGAUACCUGCUGCAGGGCAUUCACAGAGCCAACUCAGUAGCAUGGAAUCCUCACAAGAUGCUGAUGGCUGGUCUACAGUGCUGUGCAUUCAUGGUUCGGGACAAAACGAAUCUUCUCCAGCGGUGCCACUCGGCCCAGGCCUCCUACCUCUUCCAGCAGGAUAAGUUCUAUGAUGUCAGCUAUGACACGGGAGACAAGUCCAUUCAGUGCAGCCGCAAGCCCGACGCCUUCAAGUUCUGGCUGAUGUGGAAAGCCAUCGGCACCAAGGGUCUGGAAGAGAGAGUGGACAGAGCCCUCGCUAUGGCCAGAUAUCUGGCAGAGGAGAUCAAGAAGAGAGAUGGAUUCCGUCUUGUGAUGGAGCCGGAGUACACCAACGUCUGUUUCUGGUACAUUCCUCCUAGUCUGAGGGACAUGGCUGACGGACCUGAGUUCUGGAGAAAUGUCCAUGCGGUGGCGCCAGUGGUUAAGGAGCGCAUGAUGAAGAAGGGCUCUAUGAUGGUAGGCUACCAGCCCCAUGGAGACAAGGCUAACUUCUUCAGACAGAUCAUCAUUAGCCCUCAGGUCAGCAGAGAAGACAUGGACUUUCUGCUGGACCAAAUACACAGCCUGGGGAUGGACUUAUGAUCCCACGGGGAAUACCUACAAAAUGGCACCCCGUUCCCUCAAUGAGCCCUGGGCAAAAGUAGUGCACUAUAUACAGGGAAUUUGGGUACCAUUUUGAACAAAACCCAAAUGGUCAUGUUCAGUAGGCACGAAACAGGAGAUCCUGUUUUGAAACUGAGUGAAAAGGAAGUGGUACCCCAAACAUCCUAUAAGAAGUUUCCAAACAUCCUAUAAGAAGUUUCCAAACAUCCUAUAAGAAGUUUCCAAACAUCCUAUAAGAAGUUUCCAAACAUCCUAUAAGAAGUUUCCAAACAUCCUAUAAGAAGUUUCCAAACAUCCUAUAAGAAGUUUCCAAACAUCCUAUAAGAAGUUUCCAAACAUCCUAUAAGAAGUUUCCAAAUGUCCUAUAAGAAGUGUGUUAACUUGUUCUCUUAUUUGGUGCCCCAGGGCUGUGCAGUAGCCUCAGCAUGUCAUCCUUCCAUUGCCCGUCUCCAUAAAGUGCUCAAACGAGUACCUCUUUCUGCUAUUCACUAUCGAUUCCAUUUGUAAUUCUGAGGACAGGCAGUGUGUCCCUCCAUGAGACUGUAGACACAGUAGCUUGUGUCCAUCCAUGAGACAGUAGACACAGUAGCUUGUUCACGUCCAUGAGACAGUAGACACAGUAGCUUGUUCAUGUCCAUGAGACUGUAGACACAGUAGCUUGUUGACGGUUUUCAGGGCUCAACCUCUUCAUAGGAACCUAUUUCAGAUAAAUAAAAAACUCAAAAGUCAUUAUCCUUUAUGUCAAUGUGAUUUUUUUUGGUUUUGAGUAAUAUAAUAAAUACUGUUUUAAUAUAACUGCUGUUGGAAAGCGAGGCGUGCAACUUUUAGUAAAAGCUGAAAUGUUUUGAAGAGAUUUUAGGAGAUACGAUUUUAAGCGAUACCGAUUGAUUGUAAGAGAUUUAUAUAAAUAUUAAUAUAUGUUUAUUACUUGAUGAGAUUAAUAUAUAAAUCUUUAGAGAAUAAUGAUGUGUAAUGUGAUGCUUUAAAUCUAUUUUAGUUCUUUCUUUUCAUUUAGGAUUUUCUCUUUUGAAUUCAUUUUCUUCCAGACGCAAUUAACUUUUACAAUUUUAAAAUCAUUUAAAAAAAUGUUUUUAAAAACGUAGCACACCUAGUGCCUGAAUACUGUGAGUCCACCUACAUACAUCAGAUCUUAAAAUGGCUACCGUUGUUAUGUUUAAUAAACAGUUGUUGGUGUUUUUAGCAACACUUGACUUAAAGCCAACAGAUGAAAUGCUUUCUUUCUAUGUUUUAAAACGGACUCAAAAUGCCUGUUAUUUAGUCAUUACUACGAGACGAUAAUAAGACGAUAUAAGUGGUCAAACCUUAAUGCAUUACAGCUGCUUUAUAAUACAUUAUACCAGUUGGCUUUAAAAGGAAGGUGUUUUAUUUUGUAGCUUCAAAGAGAAUGGUGUUUACUUUAAACUUGUACCAAGUUCUGUGUACAAUACUAGGAUACGUGCAUUCUGUAGCAUACCUCAUAUCGUAUUGUAGUAUCUGUAGCAUACCUCAUAUCGUAUUCUGGCAAGACAUUCUGUUUUCUCUUGUUGUUUUCUCUUGUUGUUGUUGUUUUGUUCAGAUAUGUUGUCUGGAAAAAGCCUGUAUGUGUUUGUUGUUUUUUGUAGAUGGAGGUUUCACUGAGAAUUAUUUAUUUUCUUUAUCAGUGAAAAUAAAACCAUUUGUUUACUGAA